AGCUCAUGGACUUAAGGGCGGCGCUGUUAGUGCUAUUUAAAGGAAUGAAGCCCCUGCCUUUUACACGUUUCUUUGUCCAACCUCACGAUGUCACUCAUGUGGAGUUUAGUUCUGCUCUGCUCACUCGCUGCUGCAUCAUACGCUGCUGAAGUCUGUUUAGGUGAGCUUGGCUGCUUCAAUGACCUGCCUCCAUGGGGGGGCACUCCCCAGAGACCGGCCAGUGUCCUGCCAUGGCACGCAGAGCACAUAGGCACCCGUUUCCUUCUCUUCACCCAGAGGAACCGCUACUACCAGGAGAUCAGGACUGACAAAAACAUCCAGGCUUCAAACUACAGCGGCAUGAGAAAAACUCGAUUCAUCAUUCCUGGUUAUCUGCAAGAAGGAGACGAGGAUUGGCCACAAGAGAUGUGCAAGGACAUGCUUAAGAGGGAGAACGUCAACUGCAUUGUUGUGGAGUGGAAGAAAGGUGUGAGGACUCAGUAUGCCCAGGCAGCCAAUAAUGGCAGAGUGGUGGCUGCCCAGGUGGCAUCCAUGCUGACAUUUCUCAUGGAUAACUACAAGCAGACACCUGAUAAGUUCUACAUCAUCGGUCACAGCCUCGGUGCUCACGUUGCUGGAGAAGUUGGUAGCAAGAUCCGCGGCCUCGCUCGCAUCACAGGACUGGACCCAGCUGAAUCUUAUUUCAGUGACACAAAUGUAGCUGUGUGUCUGGACACAACUGAUGCCACCUUUGUGGAUGUCAUUCACACUGACGGACUUCCUUUCAACUCCAAACUCGGUCUUGGUAUGCCGCAGCCCAUCGGACACAUUGACUUCUACCCCAAUGGAGGGGAACUGAUGCCUGGUUGCAAAGCUAACAAAGGCAGACCAACAGACCUGGAUGCCAUCUGGGAAGGUACCAAAAAAUUUGAUGCCUGCAAUCAUGUACGAGCGUACCAGUACUACAUGGAGAGUAUGGCCAAACCUCAAGGCUUUGUUGGAUUCCCUUGCACAGACGCAGACACCUUCGCAGCUGGAAAAUGUUUCCCAUGCGCUGAGGACAUAUGCCCGCUGAUGGGCCUCAAAGCUGACAGGACUCCUGUGACGAAUACCACCUCAAAGUACUUCCUCAGCACCGGAAGUUCGGAACCCUUUGGACGCUACAGCUACAGCAUAAAGGUAACCUUGGAUGGUCCCAGCUGGUCCAACCCAGGCUUCAUGUAUGUGGCUCUAGCUGGACAACACCUCUUCACUAUGGAGUACCGACUUCACAUGGGUACCAUGAAGCCAGGAAAGACGUAUGAAGUUCUCGUUCAUGCUGAGGUUGACGUGGGCGACGUGACGGAGGUCAGAUUCCGCUGGAACAACCACAUCUUGAACCCUUUGAAUCCCAAGUAUGGUGCAUCCAAGGUGGAGCUCGUGAGGGGAAAAGACAAGAAGAUAAGUCAUUUCUGUGGAAAAGAAAAUGUGGCGGAGAAUGUGAUUCAGGUGGUCCUUCCAUGCCAACCUUAACGACCACCAUUAUGCAUCCAUCAAUAAUAAUCUUUAAUAAAGAUGCUGAAUACAAAC